AUGGUCAUUAAAUUGCUAAGAGAGGAGCGUCGCGCAGAUUGAAAAACAGAGAAACACGUCUCUCUUCUCUCUCCUCUCGACGAUCUAAAAUCUGCUUUGCUAGGGGGAGGCCCUUCUGUCCGAUGCGAUUCUGAGCUUGGGGGAUCGGUUUCGGAGGUUUAAUUUCAAAUAAUCUUUAUUUACAGUUUGUGAGUUGAUAAGAUGGACCACGAAGAGACUGGAUGUCAAGCUGCUCCUGAAGGUCCUAUAUUGUGUGUAAACAGUUGUGGGUUCUUUGGAAGUGCGGCUACUAUGAAUAUGUGUUCGAAGUGCCAUAAGGACAUGAUGAUGAAACAAGAGCAGGCUAAGCUUGCUGCAUCAUCCAUCGGGAGUAUUGUCAAUGGAACAUCAAGCAGCCACGGGAAGGAACCUGUUGCUGCUAAUCCAGCGGACCCAAAAACUAUCUUUAUGAACUCAGCCGUUGCAUUUAGGUCGGAAUAUGACUCUCCUUCCCCCUUCUCUUUUGGGCCCUCAGAGAGUGCUGUGGCAAAGCCUGACCCAGAAUCAUUUACUUUUGGGUCAGGGAAAAACGAUGAGCCAAAGCCGGAGGGCCCGAAGCGCUGCACUACCUGCAACAAGCGGGUGGGUUUAACAGGAUUCAAUUGUCGCUGUGGUGACCUUUUCUGUGCAGUACAUCGUUAUUCGGACAAACAUGACUGCCCCUAUGAUUAUCGUACUGCUGGUCGUGAUGCCAUUGCGAAAGCCAAUCCUGUUGUCAAAGCUGAGAAGCUUGACAAAAUCUAAAAUCAAUCGAGUGGAGAUGUUUCAUUCUGAAAAUUGAUGCUUGUCUUCAUUCAGGAGAUGGUUUCAACGUCUGCUGUGUUUACCUUAUCAUGUGAUCUUAUUAUGUUAUACCUAUUGGGAGGCAUGGCGGUUUGGACUUUGAAGAACUCUGUAUUUGUUAUUAUUGGGAGGAACUUUAUAUGUUGCUCCAGUGUUUCAUGUUGUAGUCUGUGUUGGUUUGGUGGUCAUGGUUAAUGGGUCAUAAUGUAUGUGUCUAUGUUCUGUUAAUAUGGGAUAUCUUUCUCUCUUGUAUUACUUUCUGGUUGAAAUUCCGAGAUGUGUACAACAAUGGCUGGUAUUGUAUAUUAUCUGUUUUCAUGCAUAUUUUAUAUUCUUGGA